ACCUCAGCCCUGCUGAGCUAAUGAUGCUGACCAUAGGAGAUGUUAUUAAACAACUAAUUGAAGCCCACGAACAGGGGAAAGACAUCGAUCUAAAUAAGGUGAAAACCAAGACAGCUGCCAGAUAUGGCCUUUCAGCACAGCCUCGCUUGGUGGAUAUCAUUGCCGCAGUCCCACCGCAGUAUCGAAAGGUUUUGGUCCCCAAGUUAAAGGCAAAACCCAUCAGAACUGCCAGUGGGAUUGCUGUUGUAGCUGUGAUGUGCAAACCCCACAGAUGUCCACACAUUAGUUUUACAGGAAAUAUUUGUGUAUACUGCCCUGGGGGACCUGAUUCAGAUUUUGAGUAUUCAACCCAGUCUUACACUGGAUAUGAGCCAACCUCCAUGCGAGCUAUUCGUGCUAGAUACGACCCUUAUCUACAGACAAGACACCGCAUAGAGCAGUUGAAACAGCUUGGUCACAGUGUGGAUAAAGUGGAGUUUAUUGUGAUGGGUGGAACAUUUAUGGCCCUUCCUGAAGAAUACAGAGAUUAUUUUAUACGCAACUUACAUGAUGCCUUGUCAGGACAUACCUCGAACAAUAUUUCCGAGGCAGUCAAGUAUUCUGAGCGGAGCCUCACAAAGUGUAUUGGAAUCACUAUUGAGACCAGACCUGAUUAUUGCAUGAAGCGGCAUUUAAGUGACAUGCUGACCUAUGGCUGUACAAGGCUGGAGAUUGGGGUGCAGAGUGUCUACGAAGAUGUCGCCAGAGAUACCAACAGGGGCCACACCGUGAAGGCGGUAUGUGAGUCAUUCCACCUGGCCAAAGAUUCAGGUUUCAAAGUGGUGGCUCAUAUGAUGCCUGAUCUGCCAAACGUGGGACUGGAGAGAGACAUCGAUCAGUUUAUAGAGUUUUUUGAGAACCCUGCUUUUCGUCCCGAUGGUUUAAAACUUUACCCGACCCUGGUGAUUCGUGGAACUGGGCUUUAUGAGCUGUGGAAGUCAGGACGCUAUAAGAGUUAUUCGCCUAGUGACCUGAUCGAAUUGGUGGCUCGGAUCCUUGCCCUUGUGCCUCCAUGGACUCGAGUGUACCGCGUGCAGAGGGAUAUUCCAAUGCCCUUAGUCAGCUCAGGAGUUGAGCACGGUAAUUUGAGAGAGCUGGCAUUCGCAAGAAUGAAGGACCUUGGAAUACAGUGUCGAGAUGUGAGAACCAGAGAGGUUGGAAUUCAAGAAAUUCAUCACAAAGUACGGCCAUAUCAGGUUGAGUUGGUAAGGAGAGAUUAUGUUGCAAAUGGUGGCUGGGAAACAUUCUUAUCAUACGAAGACCCAGACCAAGACAUUUUGAUUGGCCUCCUGCGAUUACGAAAGUGUUCAGAGGAAACCUUCCGUUUUGAAUUGGUUGGAGGUGUUUCCAUAGUCCGAGAGCUGCAUGUGUAUGGGAGUGUAGUCCCUGUAAGCAGUCGGGAUCCAACUAAGUUUCAGCAUCAGGGAUUUGGCAUGCUGCUGAUGGAGGAAGCAGAAAGAAUAGCUAGAGAAGAACAUGGGUCUGGGAAAAUAGCUGUUAUAUCAGGGGUUGGCACCAGGAAUUAUUACAGAAAGAUUGGCUACCGGUUACAAGGCCCGUACAUGGUGAAGAUGCUAAAAUAUUAGCCCCAAAAGUCCACCUGAUGCAGUGUUUCUGGCAGGAAGUGGAGGUGUCUUGCAUAUUCAACAGAGAGGCUGAGCAAAGCAAAUGGACCUACCCUGUCCCCUUGGCGAGAAGCUUCACCCUCAUCCUGCAGCUGCGGAGACUGGAAACUGCUCUCGGCACGACCGCGCGUCUGGUGACCAAGCAUGGAGCCUCUGGCGCUCGGCGCUCCUGUGCCCCGACCUGUGUGUUGUCAAGAAGUCACUCCAGUUUGCAAGGCUAAGUCAUGUACCCAGUUUCUCAAUUCUGCAUGUGGCCAGCAAGUGACUUACUCAGACUGACAACAGCAAGUUAGUCAACUCAUUUGGGUUCCAUACUUCAUGAAAUAAAACUAGGUGGUGGGUAGGAGCAAAGUUAGGAGAAACUUAUUUAUAUGGUAUAGGGACAAAAAGGCAGGUUGAACACGUGAAAACUGACCGAUUUUGACCUCUGGACUUGAACACAGAAGCAUUCCAGCACACGAAAAUGAGCUUUUCUUCCAUUGCAAGUCAUUCUGGUUUCUGUGAUGUUGGCAGUAACUGUGACGGAGAGAGGAAUUGACAUAUGUUUAUGUUUCAAGCUUGAAACCAGCCCUUUUCAUUCUGUGGUGGGCCAUUACGAACAUCCUUAAUUUCCCAGUUUUUUGUCUCUACUUCCUACUCUCUUUAUAACUGCAGAACAGCGUGGGCAGCACCUACGCCCAGAGAAACGAUUGGCUUCUUCUGUCUCUCCUGAGCAGGCGGAGUCGGGCAUACGUGUGUCUUGGGUUGCGUGGCCCUAAGUGAAGAUGCCCUCCCACAGGAGCUGUUCCCUGCAUUUUAAUUCUUUAAGAUGAAUUUCCGUUUGCUUUAAAUGGAUAAAGAUAAGAGUUCAGCUCAUAUGAAAGCAAAACUAAAAACGGUACUGCAGAACGGGCCCAAAUCUAAAGAUAGGAAAAAGAUCGGCUUCUCGCAGCUCCACCUUGUUGAACUGUCUCGUAAGUCCCAGGUUAUCUAAGGAGACUCCGCCUGGAGAGGGUCAGUCCAUGAGAGCAUGCCUGAAGCCUGUGCCCCUCGGCUUCUGUGGCGUUUCACAAGGAUUAUUAAAUGGGAUUGAUUCUUCUCAGAGGCACAAAAAAUAAAAUCGACAGACAGAAGAAUCAUGUGAGGGGUUUUCCUCUCCCUGUAAACGCGGUGGCAUUUGCUGUGAAUAUACAGGGUUGUUUCCAGCCUGUGACACUGUUCCCUCCCCCUGGGUGCCGUCUGCCAUUUCAUUCAACUGCCACGAGGCCAAUGCACUGCCUUCCAUGGGCUCGGUGGAGCCAGAGGCUUUCCAUGAGCGUAGUUUAGGGCACUUAGCUGCUUCUCAAUUAUGUGUGUGUUUCCUUUAAAAAUAAAACUGUUACGCUAACAAAGCAUAUACUGUGAUGGCUGUUAGCACACAUGACGAGCUAGAAGGGAGAGCGUGCUGGCCCAGGCUUGCCUCCACUGAAGUCUCUGCACCUCCAAUUUCUCAUCUGUCCUACUUAACUUCAUGUGUCAAAAUGUGUAAGGUGCAAACAAGUCCUUUGUAAAGUUGUAAAUGGACUUUCACAUGUAAGGUUCAUUGUAAAAUGACAGUUUAGAGCAAGUUUUUAAGACAUAAUUGCCUGUUUCUAAUGGAUAAGUCAUUGUUUCAUCUGGAUUUUCAUCUCAGGGCUCAGGAGCACCUACUAGCUCAUCCUCAGCCGUCCUAGGAGUGAGUCUCCUAGCCUUGAGCAAAGAUGCGGAGCUUCUCAGGCUUCCCGGGGUGCAGCCCCUGCAGCGUUCUGUCACCAGAACCAGCUUCUCUGCUGACUGCCAAGGACCUCUCCUGGCAUUCGUGGCGCUUGGCACUCCGGGGGGCUGGCCGGCCUGGCCCUCCCAGAAAUGGCUGCUCCUCAGUAGAGCAGCCGCCUCAUAAGAAAGAUCCAUUAGGCAGGACCCUGCGGCCUCUGUAUUAAACCUUGAAAGCUGCACCUUGGGUUCCUGAUCUGUAUCGAACAGCUGAGCAACCACCUCAAACCAAAUAGCUCUGCUCAGUUCAGCUUCUUGUGAUAUCGCCUGGAGAGUUAAAAAAUAAAAUAAAAUUAAGAACAGACUGAAAUCUAUUUGAAUAGAAAAUGAGAUUUAAAAAAAAAAAAGAUCCAUAUCACCCAGUGAAAGAAUAAAGCUCAGUUUCUCAAAUGUGGGAAAGAAUGAACCCCCUUUAGAGGAAAAAAUUUCCACAGGCUCAAAAGAAUCCUGAGAUGGCCCGGCCGGUUUGACUCAGAGGACAGAGUGUGGCCUGCAGACUGAAGGGUUGUGGGUGCCAUUGCAGUCAAGGUCACGUACCUCAGUUUCAGGCUUGAUCCCCAGCCUCAGUCUGGGCGCAUGCAGGAGGCAGCAUACCGAUGUCUCUUUCACAGCGAUGUUUCCCUCUUGGCUGUGUCUUCCCCCUCCCUUCCACUCUCUGAACAUCAGUGAAAAGUAUCCUUGUGUAAGGAUUAACAAAAAACAAAGCCUGUUCUCUAAAAAUAUCCUUCAAAUUGCAAAUUUUCAUUUCCAAAGAUAUUUUUGUGAGACUAUCAUUAAAUUGAAAAACAUCCUAUCUAAUAAAAGAGAAACAUGGUAA